AUGAAGUAUUUUAAUGGUAUUAGUCUGCAACAGCAGUGUAUGGUGUACCAGUUCACGGUUAGCUAUCUUUUCUAUCCAAUCAUGCUACCGGAUUGCUCGCCUCGGCCAAGUUUUGCUAAAAGUAAGCAAACUCAACUAGGUGCGCAGGAUUGUUAUACCCAACAGCAAGAAUCAAAAGCUCAGCAGUCAGCUUAG